UAACGGCGGCCGCAACGCGAGAAGAGAAAUUUUACUCACUCUCUCUCUCUCUCUUUCUAUCUAUCUAUCUAUCUCUCUCUUACUCACUCACUCUCUUUUUCUAUCUAUCUAUCUAUCUAUCUUUCUCUCUCUCUUUUUGUCCCGAACCUCGGGAGAGCGUCGGGGAAAGCUCCCGUGCACGGCCAUUUUCUGCUGAAUUUCGUGCGAAUUCGGCCCCCGCGUAUCGACUGGGGGCGCGCGCGGGCGGGCGCGCUGAGAGGGGAAAAGACGCCUGCCUGCCUUCCCCCCUCCUUCCCUUUGCCCUUUUCUCUCUCUCUCUCUCUCUGUCUCUCUCUUUGAAAGUCUCUCCCCCAUAGCGGCGUCCUUUCUCUUUCUCUCUCAGUCGUUUAGCCACGCUAGGAGUCCUCUUCGCGUUUACCCUCCCCCCUGACUCUUCGGGUCGUCUCGUCUUCCUUCGAGUUUCCGCACACACAAGCAAGCAAGCAAGCAAGCCCUGCCCAUCCCCCUAACGAUCAUUCUCCCCAUCCCUUUCUAUCUCUCUCUCUCUCUCGUACUCUCAAUUUCUCUCUCACUCUCUCUCUCUCUUUCUGUCGGUCUCGCGUUGUCUCACUCCCUUCGACAGGGCCACCCCGCCGUCGUCGCCGCGUCGCGACGAUCCCGGCCGCUACACAGUAGGCUCUUCGUUUUUUCCCUUCUCCCCACCGUCCGGAGAGUACGUUCUUCCAAGCCGUGCACUUCCCGGUGCGCCGGAUCCUCUCGAUCUCGAAUAAAAUACACCUCGCGUUAUAUUCCUAAAAAAAACUUUAAACUGACCACCACUGAUCACGACGACCACGACGACGGCAACAACGGUAACGGUGGUGACAACCCAACGCAAUUCCAACGUAACGUAACGCAACGCAACGCAACGAAACGACGACGACGACGACGACGACGACAAUAAAAAUUAUCCUCACGCUGUAGUCUCGCGAGCAAAGGGAGUAGUAAAGAGAAAGACAAUCACCGUUUGUACAACUAGGAGAAAGGGAAUAUACCGUGAUCAUUCGCGUCGUAAUCCUGUGUGUCUGUCUAUCUGUCUCGACGGGAGGUGAAUUCCCCGAGAAAAGUGCUCGACCAACGAGAGACGACGAGGAAACCAUGGGGAAAGGGACGUCGUUGCUGUAUAUGAUUGACGGUUUGCAAUGAAUUUCCCGCCGUUCGGAGGCCACUUUCCCGGCACUAUACCGAGUAUCCAUCAGUUCGCGACCGACGGCUCCGGUGGUGCUAGCGCGCGUUACGCUAAUCAUUUUCCCAACCAGCCUCCAAUCGGAGUGCCGGUUAUGGGAAAGUACCGUCCUGAGACCAACGGCGUACAGACUCCACAAUCGCAAGUGAUGAUGAACAACAAGGCUAAUUAUCCAAACAGCAACGUCCAUCAUUAUCCCAAUGUGCCAUAUUCUCAAGCUCAACCGGUGCAACAGAGACCCUCAAAUUCACCUGGGAUGCAAGAGAAACGUUCGUAUCAUCAGCAAGCCACCGAGACUAUAAAUCAACAGGACGUUUGCAAUCUCCUACAGGAUAAGGACAAAAGCAAGGAUAAGAAGGGGGAUGAGCAGCAGCGCAACGGGGACGCAGCUACCAAUGGUGGACAACAGGACUAUACGAUGCAUCAACAUCAUCAACAGCACGCUCACACUCAAACACCUGCCACGAUGCCUGCAACCUGGCAGUCCCUUGCAACGCCUGGCUCAACCGUUGCCGAUUACCUCAGUCAUUUACCAGCCAGUACUUUACCGCUUAGCUUACAUCAUUUUCUCAAAUAUUCCGCAGAGAGUAUAAAGAAGGAAUCUGAAAUGGCGCAGACAACAUCGGUGGCAGUAGCUACCACUACUACGCCUAAUAUCAUGAUGUCACCUAACAAUAAGAAAAAGAAGAAGAAGAAGCCACCAAAGGAAAAGAAACCACGCCCAAAACCUGGGGAAAUUCGAUUGACCACCGCUUUAGAUGGUUCAACACUUUAUUGCUGUCCAGAGUGUCAUAUGGCAUACCCUGAACGAGAAUUGCUGGAACAACAUUUAUUGGGUCAUACUAUGGAACGAAGAUUUGUUUGUGACAUUUGCGGAGCUGGUCUCAAAAGAAAAGAUCAUUUGACGCGUCACAAACAAAGUCAUAAUCCUGAAAGACCUUACGUCUGCACUGUGUGCCUGAAAGCUUUCAAGAGAAAAGAACAAUUGACGUUACACUUUGUAAUACAUUCUGGCGAGAAACGUCAUGUGUGUACGGAGUGCGGUAAAGGCUUUUAUAGAAAAGAUCAUUUGCGAAAACAUACUAGGAGUCAUAUUGCUAGGAGAGUGAAAGCCGAAUUAAGUCAGAACGCUGGUACUCAACAAAAUCAACAACAGAAUAAUGUAUCCAGUAUGCAAACGACAACCGUUUCAGCAUCGUCCGUUCUUCCAGGCGGGCAUCCGGGUCCUCUCCUAUCCUGAGCCCCGCCACCAGGGAACUUUCAAGUUCCCCAUCCAAA